AUGCUUUCACAUCCGAGGGUCCUCUGGAGACUGGAGCUUGCUCCACCAAUCUCGGCUCUGCGGAAUUCGGAGUUUCAAGUUCCUCAGCAUCAGCACAUCGCAGCAGCCAUGGCGCCACCACCGAACCAGCAUCAUCAGCCUCAUCCUCCCGCUCUCCCAACCGUUGCAGAAUCGCGAUGGGAAGACGAGCUCUCUCCUACAACCACAUCUACCAACGGUGGGCCCAUUUCUCCGCUUCUACAACGCGGCCCGCACUAUUCCCUGCAGGAUAAGGCGCGAGCAGCGGCUGCGGCGUCCAAGGCAGCUGCCGUGACCUCCGCCGCAACCGGCGCCGCCGAAGCGCAGCCCAAUGACGCACCGUACUCGAGCUCUAACAACGAAGGGGAGUUCUCCUUUUCUGUUCCUUCAGCGGACCCCGACGGCGCAACAUCCGCUCCUUCCGCUUCCGCUUCGGAUCCCCGCGCAACCUCCGCAAGCGCUAUCGGCGACCCCGCCAGCAGCAAUGGGGGCCAGCGCGCCCCCGCACGACCGCUGCGGCCGCUAAGCAUCGAGCACCCCUCAGGAACUGCACCUGGAGCGCAAAAAUCGCCGUCGAAUGCGGAGUACACAAGCAGCAACGCCGCCAUUCCUCGGGCGAUGCCACGUGGCCGCCGCGCUGGCACGAGCCCGCACGGCUCUGGCGGUAAUCUUGGAAUAGCGGGAAUCACGGGGAUCGCGGGAAACGCUCGUGCGGCGGAUGGCGGAGAUGACGUGGAAUCGCUGCUUUCGCCUGGGAUGCUGCAUUCUAACCACCCUAAUCUCUACCUCCCUAAUCCGAGGCCGUCUCCUAGGCUCGCGGCGCAUCCGCGGCUCUUCCCGCGGGGUUUGUCGUCGCACCCCUCGUCAUCCAACCUCUCGUCGCUGGAUGCGCUUCGCGAAUGGUUUUCGUCAGCAUUCGCGCGCCCCAGUGGCGGAACACCGUUGAGUUCGCCGACCGCUACCGGGACUGGGGAUAGGGGAGGGGGUGGUGGCGGAGGGGGAGGGUUUGGCGGAAAAGUGUCGGCGCAUGUCUGGUUACUCGUCCUGCUGCUUGCCGCAGUAGGGCUGGUGGUUGCCGUGAUGGUGUGCGUGUGGCUGGUGGUGCUAGCGAAAAACGGCGACGGUGGUAACCCGGACGAUUAUCUCACCCCCCUCGGUCCGCAUUCCUUGCGAAUUAACGAGGUGCAAGUUGUGGGGAGUCGCAGCAGCUACCACGUGGCGCCCGAGCCGGAGGUGUUUCGGUGGCUGCGGAACAACGGAAUGAUGUCUUUCGCUCGCACGGCGAAUUUCACGCACAAGCCGUUACAGGAGCAGCUCUCGGCGGGUUACCGUUAUAUACACCUCGAUGUGCUCUACGAUCCUGAGGGGGGGCGCUACUCCUCCCCUAACGUGUACCAGCGCAUAAACCGGGAGAACAACACUCAACUUAAUCUCAACCAGCCCGGUUACAAGGUGAUGCGCAUGCAGGAUGUGGAUUUCCUCUCAACGUGCGCCACGCUGCGCGACUGCCUGGCGGCCGUGAAGGCCUUCUCGGACCAGCACCCGCGCCACCUGCCCAUCACCGUCAACAUUGACUUUGGCGACGGCUUCCCGCUGCUGCGCAAGAUCACUAAGAUGCUCACACCACCCCUGCCCGUCACGGAACAGAGCCUUCUAGACCUCGAGCUGGAGAUCCUCUCGGUCAUCCCGCGCUCUCAGAUCAUAACCCCCGACGAGGUCCGUGCGUCCCACGACACCCUCGCCUCCGCCAUCGCCACGCGCACCGCCUGGCCCGCACUCUCCGCCUCUGCCGGCCGCUUCCUCUUCCUCCUCUCCGACUCCAAAGCCCUCCCGGUAUACCGCCAAAUGUCGCCGACCCUCGAGGGGCGCGUGCUGUUCACUGCGCAGACAGCCGCAGGGGAAGGAGACAUCCAUAACACUCCAGACCAAGCGGUUCUGAUCGUGGAAACUCUCGACUCCCUCGCGGCGGAUAAGGUUGCGUCGGGGCAUCUCGUGGUGUGUCCUGUUGCGCCCAUGCGGUCGGAACUAGCUGUGUUCAUGUGGGACCAAGCGGUGAGGUCCGGGUGUCAGGUUAUCACAGUGGCUGAUCUGUGGAACGAGCAGACGGAGAAGCCCAUCGGAACGGGGAGCGACGGCACGGAGGGUGGGCUCCCGCGGAGCAGGCGGGGCCAGGAAGUGCCACCGCCGUCGUCGUCUUCCUCCUCACCGGCAGCGUGGGAGUUUGCAUCAGUGACGGGGGCGGAUCAAGGAUCGGAUCCCACAAACACGGGAUCACCUUCACAACCGGUGCCUUCAUCAUCAUCCUCAUCUGAUUCGUCUUCUGAUGGGUCUGCUGCAGGCCUGCCGGGCCCGGGAGGGGCUGGGUUAGGUGGUGUGGAUAAGGAGUGGGAGGUGCAGGGGCUGCAUGGGGGGCCGCUGUUGAAGCUGCCGCUGCUGGUGGAUGGAGGGGAGGGCGUGCAGGCCAAGUGCCUGAAGCAUCUUAACAAGGAAGAGUGCGAGAAGCAGCAGUGGGUGAAAAUGACAGAGCCUGUUCCUGAAGAGGGGUAG